AGUGGAAUGCACUUCCACUCAUGCACAUAACGUCUGCUGACAACAAAUCUGACCAUCUGAGGAAGCUGGUUCCUUCUACAUCUCUGAGAGCUGCAACAAGCAGGUAAACAUGAAGCCCAGAUCUCUUCCAUCGAGGCUUUUUCAGAGAGAUUCGGCUGCAGCAGCAUCAGGUGAGAGUCUCAGCAUGAGCGCAGCAAAGUAUCAGCGGCAUGUGGACUGUGUGGAUCACCCAGAGAGACCGGAUCAAUCCUUCCACAAUGACGGUCAGCAAGCAGCAGACAGCAGCGGGCGAAAUGAGAAGACACAUUUUUCCUUUCUGCCGGAGAGGUACGAGCCGCUGAUAGAUGAUGAGGCGAAAGCCAAGGCAAAAGAAGAGAAGAAGAAAAGGAAGAAGGAAAACUACAAAAAAGCAAAGAAGAAUGUCGGGAAGGCACUGCGCUCCACAUGGAAGUGCUUGAUGCUUGGUCUUUACAGUUUUGCCCUUGGCUACUCUACACCGAUCACAGUGGCUGCUACUUUUGUCCCUGACUUUCACCUGAGCAGGAACAGGACCUGAGCCAAGUUCCCUGGAUCUCCUCCAGCGUGUUUUCAAAUUAAGCUGCAUAACUCACAGACUCUGAACAGAGACUUUUAAAAUGUGAACCUGAUUGUGUAAUUCAAACGACAUUUUUAUGUUUCCAGAAACACUGAUUCAUUGAUCUUAACUGAACCUCUGUGUGCUUCUCCAGAUGGUCAAAAUAUAUUCUAUAGCUGCAAAAGAUUGGUGGAAAUAUGCAAUGUUAGGAGCACAAAAUCAUGUUAACAUUAGCCUAGACACUGAAAAUACUCAUGUGCCUUUUUCAGGUUGACUUGUUCUUAAAUCAAGUGUUUGCAUGUGUGCAGAGGGAUUAUGUGGGGAUCUGAAAACUCCAGCAGGGCAGCAAUAACAGGAAUUUUCACUGUAGCUGCAGGUCAGGUGAGUCAGGGCAGAGAGCUGUUUAAGGGAUUUACAAACAGGAAAAACUUAACCAGAAAGUGAUUAUCAGUAAAGCACUGAAAAAGAUAAGUAACCAGUAAGAAAGGGACCAGCUCCACCCUUUUCUGUAAGGAGCAACUUAAACACUGAUCUCUAAAGCAUUUUGCAUAUAACAAAUUCUGCUGUGAGACAAGCUCAUUACAGUUAAUUAAAAAUGAACAAAAAUGAAAUGAAAUAAGAUUAAAACUAAAAAUGAAAACUAACAAAAUUAAUUCUGUGUACUUUCAAAACUAAUUACUCUCUCUAUAUAUACAGGAACAGUUUUAGUCGUCAAUUUGGCCAAAUUUGCACAAAUUUGCACACAAGCAUGAGAAGGUGUUUUUGUUUAUUUAAUUUUACACUGGAAUAUCUACAUGAAUGUGGGUCAAGUGUUGUGUUUAUACUGUUAAUACAGUAUCUUCUUUUCUUCCCCUAAAAUCUCUCUCUCUCUUUUUUUCAAAUAUAAAAAAAAGAACUGCUAUGAAUACUGUAAUGUAAAGUUCAGGAUUUGAGGGAUUUUCUGCUUGGAACAAAAUGAUUUUUAAGACUUUUUUGACUUUCUGAGACUGUUUUAAAGGUGUGUGUAGGUUUGAUCAUUUGUAAGUGAUUAAUUAUUCAUGAUAUUUGUACGUUUGGUUGAAAUAAAGCAUUAAUAGGAAUGCAACCAAAGAAUAAUUGAGGUCGUGUGUGUGUGUGUGUGUGUGUGUGUGUGUGUGUGUGUGUGUGUGUGUGUGUGUGUGUGUGUGUGAGUGAGAGAGAGAGAGAGAGAGAGAGAGAGAGAGAGAGAGAGAGAGAGAGAAGGCCAAUGAAGGCCAGUCGAGCUGAAUUUAAAAUAAAUGAAAACUAAUCAUAAUAAUAAAAAAAUGUGAUUGUGAGAAUUUUAAUGUUUCACUUGUAUCGUGUACCUAUGGAAUCGUCAUCAAUUCGGGUUGUAACUAGGGUUUAAUCCCGGGAUCCGGGAUUCCCGGGAAAUGCGAUCAGAACCAUUUCCCGUUUCCCGGGAAACGUUAGACGGGAAACCGGGAAAAAAGUC